AGUUUUAAAUACUGUGACUCCUCGAACGACAGAAGACGCAUGAAUCUCUUCUCUUUGGAUAGCUGGAGUGGAAGCGGAUAUGCUAUAGGUGCUGAUGUGGGAAUUUAGCAUUGUACAAAACUUCACCUUUUGUUUAUAGAGUUAUUUUUGAAAACGCUCAAUUGUUUUUACAGUGUAAUAAUAUCGCGGAAGUUAAGAAAUCUACCGACUGGAAUCCAUCUAUCAGCUGAUCAAAUAUGAUGUUCCCAAUGAAGACCAGUCUUCAAACUUACUUCUUUAUUUUAACCUGUUUAAUGGGCACCAUCCAGUCCUUGAACUUACAAAAGAAGGAUGCUAGUCAGACUGGGAAGACUCUGAAGGACCACGAAUCAGAGACAGAUAUGAUUGCAGCCCCGAGCAUAGCAGUUGCGAAUUAUAAGACCCAAUCUGUAGCAUCUAGAUCUUCAGCUCCUCCAGCCGGUCGGAGGUAUGGAUAUCCUUAUCUUAUAGCACCCACAUUGCCACCCUUCCUGAAGAGAUCAGAUGACUAUGAGAAUGAAGCAGACCAUGUACCAACCGCUGCAUCUGAUAGAUCCAGAUCACCAGCUAAACCAUAUGGAAGCAGACUUAGUUCUUCAGAUGAUGAUGAGGAUGAUGAUGUUCCCCGCAAGAAAAGCAGUCACAAGAAACAUAAGAUUCCUUACACUUACGGUGCAACUCGCCGUCAAAGUUACGAUGAAGAAGCAGAAAGUUCUGCUGCGAAAGGAUACCGGAGCUAUCGAGAACCUAAAUACAGAAACUUUGAUGAGUUAGAGAGCAUGUUCAUGCCAAGGAGAAUGGAUAUUGGUGGUCGUUAUUCGCAGUAUGAUUACUCACCAAGAGACUCCAGUACUCCUUUAGUAUCACCCAGAGACCCCUACUUGUCACCUACGGAUGAACCUACGGACUCCUUUUACCCAAUUCCCAAAGUGAAGAGCUAUUCGUCGACGUACAGGCAAAGUGGUCGGAUAAUACCAAGUUAUGGUGCAGGAAAAUAUGAUGAUCCUGACAAUUAUCAUAGUGACCAUAUACAUGGUGGUUAUGCAGGAGAUAGCUACGUAGGGCCAACCUCUAAAUAUCCAUCAAAUGGAGAACAUUAUGGCUAUGAAGAGGAUUAUGCCAUCGAAAGUAACAAACCCAUCAUGGGAGACAUAAGGAAAAGACUACUGGAUUAUGCGGGAGCUUCGGAUUUGUACGAAGGAGAACCGGACUACCUUCGAGAAGUUGCACGAAAUAAAAAUAAAUAUGGAAGCAUAGGAAAUGACUAUUAUGCAUAUGGAGGCCCAGAGUACAGAAGUUCAUACAGAAACUUUCCAUAUGUUGAAUCUAAAAUAAUGAUAGUUAAAAAAUCUAGGACAUUAUAAAGAGUUUUGAACAUUUCAAACAGUAGAUAGUAUUUCAGUAUUACAUGCAUCAAAUACAAUAGAGCUCCAAAUUUUCACCACAGUCCCCUCUGUAUUCAUAAAAACCAGGUAUAUUCAUAAAAACCUGGGUAAUUGGAUUACAUUUUUAAUAUAAACUAAAUAUUAUGCAUGCAAAAUAAUUUUAAUUAUUUCUGCCACUCAUUUAAUACAAUAUUUUUAAAAUUAACUUUUAAAUCCUUAAACUAUGAAACACUUUUUCGACAAAAUUAAACAAUGAAAUUAUUUUUUACCUUCUAUUUAUAUUUUAAUUAGAAUAAAACAAUGAAUACAUUAAUUUCACAAGCAUGCUUCCUUUUGGAGAUAACUAAUUACUCAGCUAUCCAGAAAAAGGAAGCAUGUUAUAUGUUAUGCUCAAAUAAAUCAAAACAUUACAUGUCAUACUCAAAUAAAAAAAUAACUUUUUAUUCUCAAGAACAAAAAAUCACAUGACUGUAGUUAACAUUGUAUAUUCAAAGGCUAAAGUAUACAGAAACUCACAACAGUGUGUUUCUUUUAUCUAUUUUCAGAAAGAAGGACUUAUGGAUAAGCAAUGAUUCAAGAAGUAAAUAAAAAACAUUAGCCCCAUGUAGGUACAUAAUUGGUUUUCCGUUAAUAUUUAUAAACUACAUAACUGUUGAACAUAGUAUGCCAAUCUACAUGCCAUACAUAUUAAGUUAACAGCAUCUUAAAAAUACGAACUAUAUAUUACUUUUUUAGUAUUUUAAUGAACAAAGAACGUGAAUAAAUGGACAAUAAAUUGUCUUCAGGAGGGAAAAAUGAAAACGAUCCGAAUAAUAGUUCUACGGUACCCAGCUUUAGACAUGCAGGAUCAUUCCAUUCCUUAUCAGAAUAGCAAAAAUACAAUUAUUUUUAAAUGCAAAAUUAAAUAACAUUUUAACUGCAGCAAAAAUAAUUCUGAUAACAUGAUAAUAUUAAUAAUAAUAUAUUGGAAAAAAUGUAAUCUUUCAGUUCAAAUGUAAUAAAACAAUGAUGUAGUGCCACCUUAAAAAAAAAAAAAAAAAAAAAAAAAAACCACCUUUACAAGAAUUGUUGAAAGAAUGAGUUCAGAUGAAUUUAUUUUUUAUAUUAGAAAACCUUUAUAAAAAAUCUUAUAUAUGGGCUUCUCACAUUAAUUUUUUAAACAUUUUAUUUGAUAGUGUAUUUCUAGCUGUUGGAAUGUGAUAACGGAACAUAUGUUUACAAUCUUAUUUUUCUGUUAAACGUUCUUAUAUUGUUAUAUGCAUUUAUUUGUUAUAUAAACUUUUUUUAACUUAU